AUGGAGGACGGCCCCAAGGCCAUAGUCCCGGAGUUCAACUCCCUCGUGGCCUUCCUGGUACCUCGAGAACACUGGGUUUCGGAGAUGCAAGAAGGCAGUCCGUUGCGCUACACCUUAUUUGGUUGGCUCCACGACUACGAGCCCUACCCGUCAGGGGCAUUGAGACCUCUCGGCUCAGGGAAUCCUGCUCCCGGCAUCAGCCGCGCUGGAAAGGCUGCGAAGUGGAUCGAGUCCAACAGCGAAGCUUUGGCUGCCAUGGGCGCCACGGAGGAUGCGAAGCAGCAGUGUGAGCACGGUUUCAGGAUGAGGUUCGGCAUUGACUCGGCAGAGCUUCGCUUGGGGGAGGCCACGAGCACUGCACAGAGACUUCU